AUGGAUAGAAAGAUAUCGGCAAGGAGUUUAUUCCUUGUGCAAUCUGUGCUUGACAAAAACGAAGAAAAGAAUGUUGUAGAAAGCCAGAACAAUCAAUCUUUUAGAAACGCCUGUAAUGAUUUAUUUGACCAGCCUUCAACCUCAGGGGUUAUAGGCGACAGUUGCCCAGCUCCAACGGAGAUCUCGUCUAUCAAUAAAGAUAUCUUUGUGGAAGAGGGUAAAGAGAAUAUACCUUGUCAACAGUUUACUAAUGAUGAUAUCUUGUGUUGUGAUGAUGUUUCAAUGGAGAAUAAAUGUUGCUCAAAUGAACCCAUUUUAUGUGAACUUGUAAGUGUAUAUUGGUCUACUUCGUCAUAA